CCUGAGCCCGAGCCGAAGCUGGGCCUCUCUCCCAGCGACCUGUCCCGUGAGCACAUCCCUCCGCCGGCUCGCGUUCGUUCCGGCCCUGGCCCCAGGAGCCCGGCGAAUCCCGGAGCGGCUCGUCCCGGCGCAGCGCAGCCAUGCCCCAAAGGCGCGUGUCCCGCUGGUACUUCGGGGGGCUAGCCUCCUCCGGGGCAGCGUGCUGCACGCACCCGCUGGACCUGCUCAAGGUCCAUCUACAAACACAGCAGAAGAUAGAAAUGAAGAUGACUGGCAUGGCGUUAAAGGUGGUACGGACAGAUGGCUUCCUGGCCCUGUACAAUGGCAUCAGCGCUUCUAUAUGCCGGCAGAUGACUUAUUCCCUUACCCGAUUUGCCAUCUAUGAGUCAUUCCGAGACAAACUCACUGCCGGGAGCCAUGGGCCCAUUCCUUUCUAUAAGAAGGUGUUGUUGGGAUCUAUUGGAGGUUUUGCUGGUGGUUUUGUGGGGACUCCCGCAGAUAUGGUGAAUGUCAGGAUGCAGAAUGACAUGAAGUUACCUAUGCACCAAAGGCGGAACUACUCUCACGCUUUAGAUGGUCUGUUCCGUGUAGCCCGAGAAGAAGGUAUAAAGAAACUGUUUUCUGGAGCUACAAUGGCAUCUUCUCGAGGGGCCCUUGUCACCGUGGGGCAGCUAUCUUGCUAUGACCAAGUCAAGCAGCUGGUCCUCGGAACAGAAAUGAUCUCAGAUAACAUCUUUGCCCAUUUCCUGUCCAGUUUCAUUGCUGGUGGGUGUGCCACCUUUCUGUGCCAACCCUUGGAUGUACUUAAGACUCGUCUGAUGAACUCCAAGGGGGAAUAUCAGGGUGUUCUCCACUGUGCUUUGGAGACAGCAAAACUUGGACCACUGGCCUUUUACAAGGGCUUCUUACCUGCUGGAAUCCGUCUAGUCCCCCACACCGUGCUCACCUUCAUUUUUUUGGAACAACUCCGAUUAUACUUUGGAGUAGAUGUUUGAGCUGGGCUUGUUUGAGUGGGAGCCAUGCAGAUGCUACAGGGCUCCUGGGCUACCCAGGAUUCUUCCAAAGAGACCCAGGGAGGUAGCGUCCCAGCAUCCUCUCAGGGGCCAGUACUUUAUACAUUCCUGUCUUGUUCUCCCCUUCUGUGUCACCUGUGCCCACUUCUUUGCCUCAUGAGCAUGGUUUCCACCCCACUCUCCUUCUACAUCUUAGAGAUCAAAAUGGUUUUUCAUCCUACCUUGACAGAAGCCCCUUGAUUCUACCAGUCACUUUCAACCCCUCUGUGUAACCUCCUUUGCCUUAAUUGUCCCAUUGGCCUUUCAUCUGGGCCCUCAGAAUGCUCUCUGUACCUUAACCUCUGCUUCACAGAAGGGGAGGAUCCAAUACGUUUUGUAGCCAAUCUGAAGAAAAAAAAAAAAAAAACAACUUGAAAAGCAGUCCCCUGCUUAUCCCUAUCUUAUCCCAUCCUGAAUUUCCCUUUGCUUUUCUACAAAUGGGGAAAAUAAAUGUUUACAGGAACUCUCCUCUCCUCCGAUCCCCCUCUCCCCCCUCCCCCUUCUUUGGGAAUGUGAAGUACAUUCUGCUGGUGGUGAUCCUCCAGGGGAAGGCUUGGCUGAAGAUGUCUUUCUAAGGCCUUUCCCUGAGCAAUUAUUAAACGCACAAGAUUUUGUAGAGGAAAGUUUAACUGCUGUAGUUAACACUGAAUUUGGGUGGUAAGUUUCCUACCAUUUCAGUCAUCAAAGAGAGACUGAAGAGUAAGGUCUUCCUUCAGUCUGUCAAUCAUAAUGGAAUAUGGAGCAUCCAGAUUUGGCUUGGCACCCUGAACCAACAUAUUUCUACUUUUCUUCUUACUUUAUUCUCAUUUGAGGAUAGAGGACUCUCUGUAGAGUUGAGGACUGGUGAGCCUCAUUCUUGACUUCGAAAGAGGAAAAUUGAUAGGUAGCCAGUAGGUACGGCUCUCCAUGGGUCCUGGUGAGAAAAAGAAAAUCACUUCUUUUCUCCCUCUCCCAUCCUCCUGGUGACAUUUUCUCCCCCUCUCACUGUUUCUACCAUUAAAUCCACUAUGUCUCUGAGUCCUGUCCCUUUGUCAUUCAGAUCAAAGGGGCUAACAUAUCACCCAGUCGGUAGCAUUCUCUCACACCACCACAGCUUCUCAUCCCUUCCUCCCAAGGCCUCCUCUAACCCCCUUCUGCUCAGUGAUUGCUUUAAAGAUCAAAUUUUAGCCAAAACUCAGGCACCAAAUAGCUGCUGCUAUCUUCAGGGAUUUCUCCUCUAUGUCUUCUGCUUUUUCCUCUUUCCCCAGCACCCCGCCCUCCCUCCAGCUCCUUAUUUUUUGGUACACAUUUUACCACAGCUCCUGAGUGACAGGUGGCCUGGAGGUAGAAGGAAACAGAUGUAUAGUUUAACUUUUUAUUUUCUCAGCCCUCCAUUCUCUACCUCCCUGAUAUUUGAUGUUGCUAGGGUAGAAAGAAAUCACAUCAGUCAAGUUGCCUGAUUUCUACUCGAAAUAUCAUGGCACCCAUCUGGAGCUGGGCUCAUUAUUUUUCUAGCUGACAUGUUUCUUUUCACCUUUUGUCAACUACCUGUUCUGUGGUCCUUAGGAGAAGGAUACUGUGAAAAUUUAAAGAGAGGCAUAUUGCAUAGUGAGUGGAUAGGGCCCUACUUAUAUCCUUCCACUGCCCCUAGCUUUUUUGAUCCUGGUUAAGUUACUCAACUUGUUUGAACCUCAAUUUCCUUAUCUUAAAAUGAAUAUCAUCAUAAAUAAUAAAGUAAUGUGGUAAAAAUGAGUCGAAGGACAGCACCUAACCACAGAAUCAUGAUGAGGAUCACAUUAGCUAAGUUAUGUUAUGCACUAUUGAGAUAUGACCUGCUGUUAUUAUUGCUACAUACUUAUGGUAGGUAAUAGUAGGAAUUCUGGUUGUAUCAUAUAGCUUAUUAAUGAUUCAAAAUAACUUCAGUAAACCAGUGGGAAUGGUUUUCCCUUUCAAAGUCAACUAAAUAAGUUUUUAGUGCAUUUAUCCCUCUGCAAACCAGCACCAAUCAGGUCUUGAGUUAUUCAAAGAAGACAUUACUGUUGCCCUAUUUGAGUUUACAGUAUAUGUGGAGGAAGCAGCUGGAAAGUGAUUUUAGGGCUAGAGGGGAGAGCAUGGCCUGGACCAGAAACAUACCUCACAUCAACAGGCCCUUAUUGAGGGCCUGCCGUGUGCUAAAUUAGAGCUAGGACCAAAUGGAUAUUGUCACAGUCAUCUGGAUGUUAGGUUCCAUGCUGAUGUGCAAUAGGGAAGCACUUGCAGAAUUGGAGAAUCCUCGUUAACAGAAAAUUAAAUUAAUUGCAUCCCAGAGAUCCUGAAGAUUUAAUGAGAUGAGCAGCCUUGAUUGCUCUGAGCUCCAUUGCCCAUCCCUGCAUUCCAGGAAAAUGGAGCUGGUUCUUUAUUCUAGUUCUUCCCUGAGUUUAUUGCCCACUUUCUGUGUUAAGUAGUUUCUUUGUGGUAUACAGAUGCUUUGUUAAGGGUUAAUGCCAUAUGUUGUUAGCUCUGAGCCCCUAGUUUAUGUUUAAAGGAGGUCAUAGCUAAAGAGUCCAUUUCAUGAGGCCAGGAAAAGUAGUUAGCAGGAAGAAUGCAGAGAUUUGUCUUUUUCAAGAUUUUCCUUCCUCUUCCUUGGUAUGAUACAAGAGCCAUUCCUCUGAGCUGAAUGCCCAAUUUGGUUUUCUUGACUUGGGUAAUGAUUUGGGUGACAAAACUAACAAAUGUUUGUAUCUGGAUUUAAUUUUUCACUACACUGGCUUUAUAAAGACACAUGACUGUUAAACUAGCUCUUUCUGAUCCUGGGUUUAACCCCUUCUCCCCCAAGAAGUAGUUUUGGAAAAGGAUUUAUUUAUCUAAAAGACUUCUGACUAAAUUAAGGAUGAAUAUAUAGCAUUGUCAUGUCCCAAAACAAAAACAAUAAAAAAAGCUAGAGCUGUGGUCUCCCAGGGAAAUUGUUGAAAAUAACAUCAUCAUAGAGUUUUAGAGCUGGAAUGAUGUUUGUAUUUAUACAAUGUUGAACAAUAAUGAAGCAUUUCUCACACAGCUUCAUGAAUUAAGGUAGUAUGCACAGUAAAUAGAUUUCCAUUUUCCAGAUGAGGAAACAGGCCAGAUUGAAGUGACUUGCCAAAUGUAAUACAAUAUAGCAAUUAAGAAUUAGGAUUUGAACUGCAUCUCUUGAAUCAAGACCCCUCUUCAUAAUACUACAAUCAAUACCUCAUAGAAGGGACUCUAGAAAUUACCUAGUUCAAUUUCUCAUUUGUUUCUUGGCAUUUUCAGAUUUUUUUUUUUGGUUAUUCAGUUUUGUUUAAAUUUCCAUCAACAUAGUGUCCAAAUACAUGAACAAAAAUAAGAGAUUAAAAACAAAUAUAAACUACUGAACAAAACAAUGCAAAAAAAAGUGAUUGCAACUAGUUGUACAUGUAAUGAUAUUCAAUGUUAUUUACCAAUUGUUAAGAAAAACUAUUAAUUUUAACAAGUUUGUGUCAAUAUUAUAUUUAACAUGAA